AUGGACAGUCAGAGGGAGCCCAUCACUCCGAAUAUCACCCAGCCGUCGGAAGUUUCGCUAACCCUUGAUCUAGGAAUACGCAGCGACCGCGCAAAGAGUCACGACCAUGUGUCCCCCCUGGCUGAAUCUACCGCCGCGGGGACAGGUGCCAGGCUCACACGAUAUUCGUCGGCCCCUUCCCCCAUCGAAUCGCCCAUCCAAAGCCCACCUCCACUGGAGAACUGCCAGGAUUGGCUACCUCUACAAUCCCCUCCUUCCAAACAAUUCACCACCGGCCUUGCCAAUUCGUCCGAUCCCUCUAGUUCAACACAGAGAUUUGACUCCCAAGAUCUAGGUGAGCAACGGUCCGUACAGGAGAUCCCUCUGACAUUUGCGAUCGAUGUCUCCGGGAGCACAGCAGGAAGAAUCCUGCGUCAGGAACAGAACGCAAUUCUUGCGGUCGCUUCGAACUCAAAAUCGCAGGACCUAGUGUCGCGGUCGACCGUUCUUCCUUGGUCUCACAGGAGCUACCCACCCAGAAGUAUUGCCGGCGUUGAGAGUCUCACCUCUGGCGGGGGAACUUAUCCAGGGACAUUGUUGGGGGAUCCCGCCUGUAAAUCGCGACUCCAAGACUCUAGCCUGUGGUUCCUUCUGACAGACGGUUUUAUUGAAGAACCUCUGGUUCAGAAAUUUGCGAAUGCUAUACCGGAAGCCGGGAUCCAUGGCACCGCUUGCGUGAUCAUUCUGUUUGGCUACGCUCUUGCAUCCCCGUUUGACUGCAAUGUCUCGGUCGGAAUGGCUGUGUUUGCAGUCGCUCCACAUUGCAUAUUUUUGUUCCAUGAUGUGAGGACAGCCGUGGUAUAUGUUCUCCAGGCCAAAGGCUGCUUUGCCAAUAUGCUGCCUGAAGACAAGCGGUUCUCCCUAUUUGGGAAAUGGACAACAUGGGAGAAUCUUGUGACCAUCACCUACGAGGAUCUUUCGAACGUCCGAGUCCCAGCACCAACGAAGUUGGCUCGGGAUACCGUUCUACUUCCCCUCGGACGACAGUUUGACCUGCAAGAUAUUUACAAUGACACCGUCUCCGAGGCUGACAAGCUGACUUUACUCUCAGAUUACUCUGCCUUGGAUGUUGUCCUUCUGGCGGCAAGGACCAGGGGCAAAGGUGAACAAGUAAAAGAAUGGAUCUCGAAGUCCCGGUCUACAACAGACUCAAAGGAUCCCAUUUUCUUGCAACGUGACGAUAAAGGCAGUGUAGCGAAAAACACCCUUCUUACACUUCUCGACAGAGUUGUGAACCCAGAGAUGCUUGAGUCUCAACCAGAUAUUUUGUGGCAGACCCUCUAUGCCUCAAACGAAUUCUCAGCGGUUCUCCCGAUCAAGUCAAAGCUCCGCAAACUACAUUCGAAUAACUGGAAUCAGUUUGGAUUGAAGAUCGAAGUCGAAUGUGACUUGCCCGAAAAGAUGAAUGCUGUAUUUGAUGAUGUAUUGACGACGAUGAACAAUCUCGACAAGUGUUCAAUCUCUCCAAGCCUCCUGACACCAAUGACAUCACCCGUUCCAAGAGGACCUUUAUCGAAGUCAGACGGGGGCUCUGUCAACGUCUGCAAGAGAAGCAGCCCUCUAAGCCCUAGAAACUACCUUCCGUCGGCAUCCAAAUCAGAAAAUUCUCCAGCACAUUCGACAUUCAAUCCUAUCACCAAUGAACUUCUCUUUCUCCCGGGAUACAAAGGCAACAGAACCAUUGACAUGCACACAUAUUCUCCAAACUACCGGACCUGUCCCAUCUGUGGGCAACGGAACUCCAUCCAAUGCCUUCUUUUGCAGACGACCCGCGAGCCUGACAACACCGUCCAUUUCCCACAGAUCAACAGUGGUGCCAGACACAAGUACCCAAUGGUCUUGGGGAACUAUCCGGAGACUGAUAUUAUAAUCCCCUUGACAGCCUGUGAUGCUUGCGCCUUUAUCUUACUCCAAGUUGGGGAACUCCCAAACGGCGAGCGUGUUGAUGCUGCACUUCCAUUGGUUUCGCUGCGGGAAGAAAAUAAUCGCUGUCAGUGGCUUCAAACCAUCUCCAAGGUAUACCAGCACCGAUUUCACGAAAAUAUUACCCUCUUGGUCUUCCUCUCAUCGCUUUGUUGCGGAAUUGAGGACAUUGUCGAUACCGAAUCGUCUUGUCCAAGCCUCCUGGAGUGCUUACAGUGGUGCUGCGAAGAAGUCAGCGGACUCCCCGGUGUACCGAAAACGGCCGGCAUCACACCCAUCGGCAGCCCAAUGUUUGAUUUUAUCGACGAUUCUGUAUCUCUUAAAGAUGCAUUAGUCCUGGCAUUCUGCGACUCUGAAAAACUCAUCCAACAGUUGCCUUUCCUCGCCUACCCGAUCGAAGGUUUCGUUGCCAUAGUCCGCCUCGCCAGCCAAAUAGAGGAUAUUGAGCCUUGCAGAAUCGAGCUCUUUACAUGGAAGAGGCUUCUCUACCACCUUUGCGAGCAGCAUCUAGCCCUCAGGCAGCAAAUUGGUCCCCAACAAGCCGAUAAGAAGCUCCAAGAAAUUCUCUUUGAGCCUUCAAUUCCCUCACUUUCAUCGGAGAGCAGCGUCACUACCAGCGCUGACAAUUCGCCCAUUUUAUCCAUAUCCGUAGCUAUUUUAGCCGAUACAUAUCUCCUUUCCUGGUCCUCUGGUGUUGGGAUUCAAUUUCAGCGCAUGGGAAAUUACUUCAGGCCGAUUGAGACAACGACUCAUUACCAUGCCGCCCUGGCUGUCUUCCUGCAUACCAUGCUGGACGUAUCGACCGAUUGUGAAGAUUCUUCAGUUGAUACGGAAGAUUUCUUCACUAGUUUGCAGCAACGUGCUGAUGGAGUGCGGCGGACGAUUGGGGACACGUACAACGUGUUCGAGGAAGCAAAGCUUGUUGGGGGUUGCAACGUAGCGCGACUGAUUGAGGAGGUAUAUAAGUCAGGUUCAUUUUUUUAA